AUGUGGCUUGGGAGCCUAAGAAGAAUGCGAGUUAUAUACGUCGCGCCUAAGAGGAAGUUUAUUUUCGCCUACCUAAAGGAUAGUGAAAAUGUUUUGCAUUCAGGAACGUGCAACAAAGAACUAUUGCUAGGCGACAUCAGAGCACUUCGAGAAGCGUUUCGCGAGCACUUCAAGGACCUUCGAUUACAUGCGACAGUUUGGAAGUUUUCCUGGGCCUUUAUAGAGAACCUGGAGGGGAUUCGAGGCGGGGUAGAUGGCACUACAAUAAACCGAAACUCACUGGCAGAGGCUCCAAAGCCGGUGCCAUCUACUUCAAAGACGAGAACACUAACCUCUCCGACUUCCACGGUUUCGAGAAACAGGGUAGCACCUCUUGACAAGCCGCUCUCCAUACUGCUACCGAGCGAUUCGAUUAUCGCAAGGGAGGAGACACAACCGAAUGUCGCACCACUGAAGCGACAGCGGACUGAUCCCGGGCCAUCAAACGCUCAAGCGGAAGUCAACAGUCCCGUACGUGACAUCGACGUUCCAUCACAAUUCGCCACUGCAAGGAAUGCUCGUUCGGAGCGAGUGCACACAGCUGCUGUACCGACAAUAUCUCCCAUAAUUGGUAACAUUUUUGCAGGAUUUGGUUCUCAACGACCAUCACCUGUCAGCGCAACUUUUGCUUCGCCAUGUCUAUGGCGUGCAGGCGAAGCGCUACAACUAAAUCCCGCCUUGACCCACUCGCCACAGACUGGGCCAACACACACAACAUCAGUACCAUCAUACAGGACUUUACAGAGACCAGGAAAUGGAAACGGGAGUCAAGCUUCACCCGGCUCUGCGCCGUCAGCAAGAGGUGCUGCAGAACAAAGCCUACCACCGCGACAGUCUCGAAUCUCUAAACCUAUGCCUAACCCUCCUCAAGCUGAUUACUAUAUUCUAGAUUUGUCGAACGCACCUCCACAAGCAUUUCACCAGUCUCGCUUACCUUUGACACAAUUGAACGCUACUCAUACACCUUUCACACCGGAGCGUACACCUGCACAGUUUCAGCAAGCCCGUGAUCCUGAAUCCAGGAACCACCCUGCACCGGUAGUGCAGAUGCAGCCAUCCAUGCACUCUCAUACAACUUCACGGCAAGCUUCUCAAACAAACCAAACUUUGCAGAACGACACACCAAUGUCAUCACGGCCCAGACUCAUCCGACAAGUAGGGUGGGAAGGUGUCGUCGCCUCCGCAUCUCCACGAAUGCCAUCUCGGCAGUUUGGUCAAACUCAACAGGGGGCUUCUCCCGCAGCUCCAUCACCAACGGCACCAGCUCCAGCCUCAACUAUCGCAGCGUCACAACCAAGUGGCACGAAGCGGAAAAGCGUUACCCGCCCAAUGCCUGCUCAGUACGAUGGAGUCAUUGAUCUAACGAGCGACAAUGAGCUUGAACAGGAACGACAAAACCUUCUGUCUUCAUUCAUGGCCAAAACAGCUCCAGCAAAGCAACCUCUAGCCACAGCUACAACCGUACUCGCAUCAACACAACGAAAGCCUAUAGUUAUACACGAUCUCGACCUUGAUGAGGAUUAUGCGCGUGCGAAUAAUCCUUGUGAGAGGUUGAGCAAUAAUCCUAGAGCAGGGCUCUCAGGUCCGAAACGUUGAGUCUAGCGGGUAACACUUCUUAAAGUCGGUGGCGUAGAGCUUGCAUCGGCGCAGCGUGAGCACAUCUUCAGCUACUUCCAGUCAUAUUUUGGAAUUAAGCAUAAUGAUACCCCAUUUGAGAACAGUGUGUGUCCUCCAGCUAUGGUUCCCCCAGGCAUUAGGAUGUAUGCAGUCAGCCGUAAGCGCGAAUUGGCAGCGCCACUUCAAAGGUACGACUUCCUCACAC